GGCCUGGCAUCGCGGUGUAUGAAGCGCUCUUCCGCAGUCCGACUAGUUGAACAGCUAAAUCAACAUAGUUCUCAGGUAAAGAAAUACCUGUCUUGUCUUUAGCGAAGCAAAAGCAAUAGUACAUUUUGCAUCUUUUGCGUUCAUAUUCUGCUAUCGAAGUUCCCACAUCAACGAAGCAAGAUGGGUCGUAAUCAUCGUCCAAUGAAAACGUUGCUUGCUGUGGUUGGAGCUGGUACAGCCACAGCUGAGCGGAACUGGCGCGAUCCAACACAUCCACUACUAUCUCUAGUAUCUUCUGCACCGCGGCAGCAGGAAAAGGAAAACACCAACAAAGGAGCACAUCUUCAACAAAGUAAACUUCCAUCUCGUCCGCGCGACCACUGCACAUGUCUGGGAAUUUCUCCAACCGCGACUCAGAGUGAUGUAGGGGGAUUGGUUUCGCAGACGAGUGAUGGAGAAGGAGAUGAAGACUAUCGUGUCAUACUCGUGCCAGCCAAAGAUCACCCACAAGGGACCAUGCGGCCAGUCUAUGCCCCACAACCAGGCACACCGCGGUUGGUAGCACCGGAUUUGAGUCCAGAAUACGGACCAGGAUGGGGUAAGAACGAGACGGAGCCGAUUGGGUAGUACUAGACGGGAUGAACGCUAGUGCUAGUCUGGAAGGUCAGAAUCAGGAGUAUCAGAAUACAAUUUUUUGUGCUCUCUUAGAAGUGGAUUCAGUCUUGGUUGCACCACGAUCCAGGUACAUCCCGCAAGUCUCACACACGUUCGCCUAUUACGACGGGUCUUAUGCAUUGCAGAAUGACUGGGUUGGCAUCGCAGAGGCUACAACGUCCGCACGACUCUAUUCCCUGCCUGCAAACCAUCCUAGUGGUAAAGGUCAUGCCCUAAUGUCGAUUCAGGAAGUCUCCCGCAUCAUGCUGGAAAGGUGCACGACAGCGAGGUGUUCGGUAAUGACUGGAGGGAAAGUUGAGGCUAUAUCACGGAGUAACUGAAAGUUAAGUUAGUAGUACUGGAGUUAGUACCUAUGAAGAGAUCGACAUUGACACCUCAACGAUUUUCACUUUGUUUCUUCUCUAAUUCGUCCGCCGAAGAGCACGGUUACUACAGCACCUUAGAAGUUGACGAUAACGGAGAGGCCUUGACGAUAACUGAUGGUUCCGAGACAUGGGUUUUUCACAUCCUCAGUGAUCCUACAGGAAAGAGUGCUAUUUGGGCAGCACAACGAGUACCAGAUGACCAUUUUGCGGUCGUCGCAAACAUGUUUAUCAUCCGAGAAAUGGACUUGACGGACUCGAAGAACUUUUUGGCAAGCGAGAAGAUGGUACAAAUCGCGAAGCAGAUGGGAUGGUACAACUUUUGAUAGAGGUGUUGAAUUAUACAUGAUCGUGAAGUUGUAUGGUCUUGCUCGCUAGAUUUUUUCUUUCCAUGAUCUUCAAAUUCAAAUAACGUCUACCUUCUUCAAAAUUGCAUUACGUAACUACAUCUAAAACAAAUAUCCAACCCAAGGUACAACCCUGCAUCCGACGGACCCCAUAUCGAUUUUACGAAGACCUUCUCAGCUGGUGAAUAUGCGCAUCCAUACUAUAGUGCGCGCCGCGCGUGGCGCAUGCUCUCACAUGCGAAUCCGACGUUGAAUCUGGACCCUAUGUUAGGCUAUCAUUUGCAGAACAGUUCGCAGUCCUUGCCGUUCUCAGUCCCAGUAGCGAAGAAGCUGAGUCGAGAAGAUGUCUUCAAUUUCUACAGGGACCACUACGAAAACACCGACUUUGACCUCACAAAGGGUGCUGGCGCGGGUCCUUACGGGAAUCCAAUGCGGUAUGCUGAGGGAGCGGAGGAGGCUAAGAGGCCGUAUGGAGCAUGGGAAAGAAGUAUCGAUAUCUAUCGUACGACCAUGACGCAUGUGGCAGAGGUAAUGUUGAUUUAGGGGCUGGACUCUACUUUGUUCGUCUGUUAAGAAGUAGUUGCUCUUUAUUCUUUACAACAACGAGAUGGGAAUAUGAGUCUUGAAAAUAAGAGAUCAUCAUCAUGUGAAAUUAUUGUCGUUUCCACCACGAGCAGGGCAAACUUCCAGGUCAUCCCUGCUCCGGCCAUAGAGUCCAAGAAGUCUAGUUCCGCGUUGCCGCCGAAGAACACGUGCACGUUAUGGCACGCUCCAGGACGUGCGACCGCAAGUGUCUUUGUUCCGGUCUUCAUUCGUGGAGCGACAUCUUCGCCAAUAGAUUAUGGCUUACUCGAAAAUGUCGGAUCGUUGGUAUUUGUUGAAAAAAUACUACAAAGAACGACAAGAAAUAGAUUAUGGCUUACUCGAAAAUGUCGGAUCAUUGGUAUUUGUUGAGUAAAUACUAGAAAGAACACCUGUUCUUGUUGUCAAAGUAAUUCUUGUCCUCAUCUUCACCCUGCUCUAACGUUGAUUACGAACCGGCUCAAGUUGGAAGGUGGAGCAUGGAUCCCUGUGGUGGGCGGCUAAUGCAGUCGGCAACUGGAUGGAUCUCCGGUGGAAGGAUAUCAGAGCAGUGCUCGCGAAGUACCAAGCGAAGUUAGAACCACUGUUGAUCGAUUUUGCGAAGGAGUGGCAUCAGAAGAUGAGAAGGGAUGAAGAUGCGGAGAUCGGAGUAGAAGUGAGUGUACAACCAGCGGAAAAUAACAAUAUUAAGGAGGCAGUUGUAGAACAAGCACUGUCAUCAUGGUCAUCUUCUUCUUCAUCAAGCCAGGUGGAAUCUUCAAGCGGCAUCGUGAGCUCAAUCUCAGGCCUCAUUCGACAACUUGAAUCAACCGCAGGCUCUUCCCCGACUUCCUCAGGAGACUCUUGGCAGAAAUUGAUCACCGAAAUCACAUCUGCGCAUUGGCAACUAUUCUACAAGUUGAUGGCCCAAUUUCAGAAUGGCUACGUCUUUGAGGAUGGCGCUGCGAAGGGAUUGGGCUAUCCAGGCGACUAUCUGGACUCAAUAGGAUACGAGAGUGCCUUUCACGCAGAGAAAUCGCAGUUCGACUCGAUGCGAGCGAGGCUUAGCGCCUACCAGAAACUGGCAGAUGAUGUAAUCGCAAAACAGGGUGGUGGUGGUGGAGCUACAACAGAUGAAGUUUGGGCAUAGGACUCUUGUAGACCGCGAGGGUUGAUAAUUGUUGCGUGCAGGCCGUGAGAUUUAGAUACAAUCACAAUUUUUUAACAGGGGGUGGAACUACAAGCACGAAAUGCUUUACAAUGUAUACAAUUUUGCGGCCGCGGUCAUGCCAGUAGAUCACAAGAUGAAGGAAGAUGUUGAAGAUAAUUUUUGUUGUACACCCUCAAAAACCUACAACUAAUUACGUACACCUUAAUACGGCAAUAAGAUGUAUAUGUUGUUGACCUCCAGCAGUACGUAUUGGUCGUAGUUAUCAAGGUAGUAACCAACAUCAUCAUCAGACAGAUACCCGCCUCACGACACAUGGUUAAACCGCAUAUGAGUGCGAAGAUGAAUACUUGCUGGGUAGUUUUGCAAAGCACAAGCACAGUUGCCUGACAUCACCUUCUUGAAAAGUAUUGCUAUUUUUGCUGAAAUUUGAAACGUACUAAACACAUGAUGGAUAUCUUCUGCGGACUACUGCACGAGGACUCUCUGAAAAAGAAAGAUACCGGUCUAUUGCUACUUUACACAAGAAAGAAAC